AUGGGAAAACGAACACAAUCAAUAAAUAAAGUAAUAGCAAAAAAGUCUACAAGAAUAACUACGAUUACCACAACAUUAUUACCAAAAACUAAGACAAUGACAAAAAAGUCUACGAAGAUAACUACAAUCACAACAACAACCUUACCAACGACUCAGACAAAGAUAACAUCGUCUACGAAGACAACUACGAUCACAACUACAACCUUACCAACAACUCAGACGACGACAACAGCGUCUACGAAGAUAACUACGACAGUAACAACAACUGAAAUCAUGACAACAGAGUCUACGAAGAUAACUACGAUCACAACUACAACAUUACCAACAACUGAAAUCACGACAGCAGAGUCUACGAAGAUAACUACGACAGUAACAGCAACUGAAACCAUAACAACUGAGUCUACGAAAGAAGCUACGAUGUUAACAACAAUAUUACUAACAACUCAAACAAUGACAACAGCAUUUACUGAAAUAUCUACGACUACAAUAACAGUAUUAUCAACAAAAACAAUGGCAACAAGUAUAUUUACGCUACUUGAAGUGAUAUCAACCACAAGUAAAGGAAAUAUCCAAGAUACAACCUUAAUAGAAAAGAGUUCGUUAACAAAGCUUGAUACAACAACGAAUAUGACACCAUUAACAAUGACAGAGAUAACACCAGAAUCCACUGAAAAAAUGAUGCAUAAUAUAACAAAUAUAUCUGCAGUCAACAUGACAACCACUCAUUUACUGAAAACAAUUCAUCUAAUAUCAUCAACAGCUAGUAAUAAAGUAACAGUCAAAAAAGAUAUCAUACCGUUUACUAUUAUGACAAAAUUAAUAUCAACAGCAAUUCCAAAAUCAAAACCUAUUUCUGAUAAAACUGAAGCUUCAUCGUUCUCUUGGUCUACAUCAACUAAACUAUCACAAACAUCUUACAAUCCUGUUACUUACCUUACUUUUGGCAUACCUAUUAUACUUUUAUACUUACCAAUGAUGAUUUGUCUUGCGUUAUCUGUUUAUUAUCGUCGAAAAAAUCAACGUUUAGCUAGUAAUAAACUGAAUACUCUUUCAGAUUCAGCUAGUACAAUUACCUACAGUGAUAUGAGUAGUAAUUCAGAUCAAUCUGCUAGUUUAUCACAUACAACAGACACAUUUUCAUUGAUGCCAUCAACACAAGACAAAAAUAUUGAAUCUUUAAAUAGAUUAAACAUAAACCAGAAACGUAUGUUUGAUGAUACGAACUUUUAA